AUGGGCUUUUUCAGCUUCUUGACCAGGAGACGCGCCCUCGACCGAGCUGCCGCGAAACCUCCUCCCGCCACCGCCGCCGAGCCCCCACCCAUCCAAGGCGCCCGUCCCAAGACGUCAGGCCCAUCGCAUUCCUCCGAGAAUCCGAAGCAUGCGUCGACGAGAAAGGCUAGCCAGUCUCGGAUCGCGUCUCCCGCCAAGCCCUUCUUCCUAGGCAUCCGCAACGACGACGCACACCCCCGUCAACAGCAGCCGCCGCCGUCGUCCGAUCCAAAACCCCGGCACGGCGUCCGGAGCUUCCGCUCACCGCCCGUCUCCAAGACCGCCCAUGCCACCAGAGGCCAGCCUACCGAGGCCGACGCCCAGCUUCUCGCAUCCUGGAAACGAUCGUCGGCCGCGUAUAGCAUUGCCAGCGUGCCCGCCGGCUACGCCUACCCCCGGACCAGCCGCCAUAUCGAUCUCCUCGAGGCGCAGAGCGUCAUCAGGCCCUACGACUUCAAGUCGCGCGUCCUCGCCGUCGGCACAAGGGACUACGGCGAAGAUGUCGCCGACAGGAACCUGGGCCAUAACGCUGCCGACCUGACCAUUCCCGCCGUCCAGACCUACUAUGCGUCCUUGGCAGGCCCUCCCUCGGUCUUCCGCCCCAGGGAUGACCUUGCGUCUGCAUCCCGCCACAGACCCCUCUCAGUCGUGGCCCUCUCCGCCCUUGCACAGCCCCAAGACCAUGCAGCCAGCAGCCGACGACACCGGCAGUACAGCUCCGUGCCUGCGGCGACCCCGGACGGGCCCGAGGCCGAGGAACGGCAGCCGCGGGCCUCGAGGACCAAGAACCUAGACCCGACGCCUCUUCUUCCUCGCCCAAACUCCAUCGCGGGCUAUCCUGUCCCUGCGCGAGGCAGACGGGUCAGGGCAGGGACUGGCGGCUCGCUAAAGAGGAGGGCACGGCGUGGCCCGUCCCUUGAGAGAACGCCAACCCCCCACAGCUCGAAAGCAAGCCAGAAUCGCAAGCCGGCCGGCCAAGCCCGGGAAAAGCAUCGGGAGUCCGAUGGCCCUCAAGCCGCCGAGCGGUCCAGGCCUCGAAGCCGACCUGCUUCGCCGCCGCACGUGCCACGGUACCGCCCGAGAGAAACCCAGCCGCCGCCGCCCGUGACUCGCGCCCACAAAGCGCGCAAGAAUCAUCGUUCCCGAUCCCAUGGCGAGGACGCGAGGACCCGAGCGCACACUCCACGCCCGGCGCCCCGGCAAGCGGUGCGCAGCCUCGACAAGCCCAUGGAACCCAAAAUCCCGGUCCACGACAUUUUCUUCGACACGGGACGGGCCGACGAGCGCGCCAGCCAAAUCCCGUCGCGGUGGCCCGACAGCUCAAGUGAAGAGGACAUGAAUGACUGGGCGCCAGCACCAUUGAUUCCAAGCCGCCGCGAUCAAGGCUGGCCCAUGCCGACUCUCGCCAGCCCAGGGACGCAUGCCCCAUGGCAGAGUCCCUGGAGCCACGCCCACAGAGAUGCUCUCCGCUCCAGGGGCGCGGCGGCCAGUCUCUCGCGAGACGGAUCCUGCAAAAGCGGCACUUCUGUCCAGGCCCUGACCAUGGACAUUGCCGGCUACGUGCCGGACAGGAAAUCGUCCCUCAAGCACUGGUCCUUUUCGUCAAUCACACCCACGACGGAGUUGUCUGAUCAUUCCAGCACCCUCGCCGUCCGUCCGCGGAGCAUCCACACCGCCAAUACGUCGAUCGACCUACCGCCGCUGGCCAGCCCUGCCAACCUCCCAGAACUGAAGGAAUCCCCCAGCAGCAUUGGCAGUCAGAGUAGGCCGGUAAGCUCGCCGUAUCUGACGGCGCUCGAGAACAUGGACACCAAUACAACUGUCGCCACCCAGCCCGAGGCCGCAGCCGGGUUCGACGAGGACCACCCUGAAGGAGAGCAAGAUGGCAUGGCUGCCGAGAUGACGGGAUAUGGCAACGACACCGACGCCAACUACUCCUACGUCAACUCUUUCGCCGCGCGGCGCCGGCCCCAACACCGGCAGGACGAUGAGUCCAUGCUGCUCAAGCGAGGAGGCUACAUCGACCUCGGAAAUAACCUUCCAGGCUUGUUUGAUACUGCCGCGACAUCGCCGUGCCUCAUGUGCUCUCUGCUUGAGAGCGCAGCAAUUGGUCCUGCGUCGGACGACAAAGGCACGGAGCCUUGGGCACCAAGAGCGCCCUGCAACCACAAGGGCUUAAACUCCCCUCGAGAACGUCUUCGCGCACUCGGGUACGAAUACGACACGGACGACAGCGAGUCGGGGCCCGAGCGCGCCUCUCGCGGACGCACGCGGACGCUGGAGCAGACAAGGGAACCCAAUGCCGCCGGCAAGCGCCAGCGGGAGACGUGGGAGACGAUCGAGGAGGAGGCUGAGGAAGAUUGCGACAGCCAAAUGGCAGUCCCGAAGCUGCAAGGGGGUUCCGGCACCAGGAUCGAGGAACUGAGCGGGAGCCGCGGGUUUGAGCCUGUGCUAAAGGACUAUGAGGAGGGACACGCGGCAGACGUCGAGUAG